GACGAUGAAGGCGAUGGAUGAGGAUCAGCAACAGUUGCUGAAACAGGGAUUACGUGAGCGGAGCAAGAGUGUGGACGCAAAGAACGAAGCAAUCGUGUUCACGACCAAUCCCAUAUUCUACAAGAUCGACUGUAUUGGAAAGGGAGGCGAGAGCCAGAAGAGGGCCCCAAAAGCGCGACGAACGAUGAAGCUGAUCAAGGGUAAACGCAUAUUUGCAGCUGACCUCAUGGACUCUCAACCCUUCGACACUGAUGGCAAUCUGCGGAGAAAGACAGGAGGACAGAAGCGGCGGGAAAUUCAGAAGCAAAUGACCAUGGCCAAGAAAAAACAAGAGAGUCCCCCCUCCCCCACGUCCACGGAGACCAUUUCCCAUCACCCAACUAGAAAAUAUUGUGGGAAUGAGCGAUGGAUGUAG